AGUAAUUUAUUUGCUGCUCUUUUCACUCUGUUGGUAUAUUUGAGUGUUUCUGUGUUUAAACCUCAUACUUUACCGCGUUCAUGGAGGGCUGAUGCAGAGGAACUUAUGGUUUGGUAGAGGAUCAAGCGCAGAUAUGACAUUAAAGGACGGCAUGACCUCCCUCAUCGACAAGACCUUAAAGCUGAGGAGGGAGGAACAGGCUCGACAGGUUGUCCUGGCAUGGGCCGUGCUGAAUGUGUCUCUGGCUGGGAUGAUCUAUACUGAGAUGUCUGGAAAUCUUCUUAGCAGAUGCUACAACAUAACCUACUGGCCCAUCUGGUAUAUUGAGCUUGCCCUGGCUUCCCUGUUCAGUCUCAAUGCCCUUUUUGACUUCUGGAAGUAUUUCAAGUACACUAUGGCCCCGUCCACGAUCACCGUCAGUCCAGAACAACAUCAACUACUUGGACUCAGGGGUUCAGGGAUUCAAGCUUCUCCACCUCAGAAACAAGAGAAGAAAGAAGCUCCAGUCUCAGUCCAGUCGUCGCCCCUGCAGGGACAGAAUGUACUCAGUUUUAGCCCUGUGCGAACCUCAAGCACCAGCCCUAAGUUCUCCCCCAGCUGUGUGUCUGGGUUCAGUCCACCUCUGAGCAGCCCUUCUUCGUCAGGAGGACCCUUCUCACCCUCCAUGGCAUUCGGCAAGGUGUUGAACUAUAGUCCAUCUCCAGGCUCUUCUCUGUACCCAAGCAACUUCGGACCAGCAGAGGUCACCAGUCUCCGCGCUCGGUACCGCACAUCCCCGUCAGUCUUUAAUUCGCCCGGAGGUAAGGAGGACUGCAUCGAUGACCUGAAGACUUUGGAGAAGUUUUUACAUUCGGAGGAGGAAAAAAGCCACCGCAGUCAAUUGGGGAGUCCAGAGUCAACAUCUCCAAGACACAGUCCAUCGUUCUGGAACUACAGUCGUUCGGUGGGAGAUUAUGCACAAAGCCUGAGGAAGUUUCAGUAUCAGCCGGCCUGCCGUUCACAGGCACCGUCUGCCCAUAAAGACGACACGGAGCUGGGCUCUAAACAAGCCGCUGAAGAGGUCUGGGCAAGAAUCACGACGAGUCGUGUGGUGACAGAUAGUAUUGACAGCUGGACUGCUAAACUGAGAAAUUGGAUAAAUGACACCAUUCUAGUUAAUCUGGUCAGAGAGAUGGACUCGGUCAACAGUCAGCUCAGGAGGAUGGGUUGCCCUGAGCUCCAGAUCGGAGAGGCCAGUAUCAGCAGUCUCAAACAAGCUGCUGUGGUCAGAGCUUCUGCAAUCCACACCCUCAAUGCUAUUGUACAGUAUCUGGAUGUCUCACCAAACCAGGAGUAUCUUGUGGAGAGAAUCAAGGAACUAGCCCACAGUGGCUGCAUGAGCUCUUUCCGCUGGAAUGGAGGAGGAGAUCUGAAAAACCGGAAAUGGGACACAGACCCUCCGACAGAUUCUGCUAUCCUGAUGCAUGUGCUAUGUACGUACCUGGACUCGCGGCUUCCUCCACAUCCUAAGUAUCCCGACGGAAAAACCUUUACGUCCCAGCAUUUUAUACAGACGCCUGAUAAACCAGACGUGUCCAAUGAGAACCUGUUUUGCAUUCAUCAAAGUAGCACAAACCCUCCUCAUUAUCAGCUCGUCUACCAGGGCCACAUCUACAGCUUGCCUAAGGGCAGAAAUAACUUGUUUCAUACCAUCCUGAUGUUUCUCUACAUUAUCAAAACCAAGGAGUCAGGCAUGCUGGGGAGAGUGAAUCUAGGUCUUUCGGGAGUGAAUGUACUCUGGAUCUUCGGGGACUGAGUUUGUCAACUUAUCCGAGGAAAACACUGCACAAGCCUUGGGAUGUGAUAAAGAUGUUUUUUUAACUUUUAUAUUCUUGUGAUGUUGCAUGUUUUUGAGAUGCAUUGUACUGUCACAUUACUUGCAACCUUAAAGGCCUUAAACACAAAGUCAUUUUAGCUGAAGAAACAGUGUCAGAAUGGAUCUUGUUCCACUGGAUUUUGUAUACAUAUUUUUUGUCUUUCAUUACAUAUCAUACAAGAAAAACAAUGUAGUUAUUCAUGAAUGUAAAUUCUUCAUGGUAAGUUUGGAUGGGUGGACACUGCAGAAGUUAUGAUUUUUUAUGAGUUAUGAAGCAGUUAUUGAUCGUUUUUCUUCAUGCACUUGAAAUGACAUGCAACCAUGAAAGCAUAAGUCAUAUGUACUUUUAAUAAUGAUAAUUUAUUUGCUCUCAGUGACGGGCUUACCUUAUUUCUCUUCACUGUUAUUUUGACAAAAUACAGAAGAGCUGGGAUGAAAGAUGAUCCCGAUCUUGAAUGCCAAAUUACAUAUUCGACAAGAAAUGUUUGUUGUUUGUAUUUUAUAUUGUGUCUGAAGUGAAACUUGAAAUGAAAUGAGCUUCCACUUUUGUCCUUGGUUUUCAAAUUAAUAAAUGCCCAGCAUUGUUCUUAUAUAUAUAUAUAUAUAUAUAUAUUUUUUUUUAAACUCUAUUCCCAGUGUUAACCACUGGAUGGUAGUGCUGCCCACCUACAAAUGGUUAUAAAUGUUAAGAAUAUAUGUGUGUAAUUUUAAUAUUUUAUAAAAGCUUUUAUAGCAGUUUCACUGGUACUGCAACUUAAAUUUCCUAGAAUGCCAAUUGUAAUGUAUGAGAGAAUAUAAGAAAUGUUUUAAGAAGUCUUACAAAUAAUUGACAGUGGUCAAGCUGAAUAAAAACAUGGUAAAGCCGUGCUAUCACUGGAAGUACCUUCUAAAUACCACAUGAUAAUUAUUCGGCACCAUGCAUGGUAUUAGCAUCUGUUGCCAUCGCUGUACAUUUGUAGUGCUGCAGUACUUUUUGUGAGGUCAAAGUUAUAGUUGUGUUUGGUAUAAAAUAAAAGUACAAUAGUAGUUAUUAUCAUACGGAAAUAAUAUAAUGUAGUGUUUGAAGUUUAAAUAAAUG